AUGAACAACCAAUUCACUAAAGCACAAGCCCCGCUACCGAGGGAGAUACAAAGGGUUCCCGCUGACAAGGAAGUGGAGAAAAGGCCGGAGGGGAGUCGGGUCAGGCUCAAUAGUGUUGUUAGACGGGAGGGGGUUGAUAAGUCUGAUAGUCAAUCCGUAUCGCUCGUGUUCGAGGAGGAGAGGCCGAAGGAGAAAGCACGACUGAAAAACCAGGUGUCGCAACUGAAGCACCAGCUUGAGGAUCUGGAGGAAUCACUGAGGGAGAAAUCCCGGAGGGACGAUAGAGGGCAGAGGUCAGGGAAAUCGAACAGAGCAGAAAGGUCGUACAGGGCAGAGAGGUCCCAUCGUUCAGAGAAAUCACGCUAUAUAGAGAAGUCAGAUGAACGAGAGCUGGAGUAUUCCUCUGGCAGGCCAGGGCACAAGGAUCACAAGCGCCCCCACGCUCACGACUCCCCGAGGGACAGACGGGAACAUGGGAGAGAUAAGGAGGAUAAAAGGGCCAAGACGUCGAGGUUCCACCCUAUCAACAACCGCAGUCCUUUCUCCGACGACAUUCUGGCGGACACUUUACCCAGAAGCUACAAACUCAUCUCGCUAGACUAUGAUGGCACUACCGACCCGGAGGUACACCUCAAUCGAUUUGAGGGGUUGGUCACACUGCAUAUGUAUACUGAGGGCAUCAAGUGCCGCAUCUUCUCCACUACUCUGACCGGACCAGCUAACCCCAAUUCUAUUUACUCCUUUGAGGACUUGCAGACCCGCUUCUUACGUCAGUUCGCAAGCUCGCGAAGGGUGGGAAAGUCAGCUCUUUCGCUGAUGGAUAUCAAACAGGAUCAAAAUGAAACACUGAGGGAAUAUACUGCCAGAUUUAACUUAGCCGCUCUGGAGGUGCCAGAGGCGGAAUCCCAAAUUAAGAAUUGCGCCUACGUCAGAGGGCUCAGGCCGGGGAUUUUCUUUGAUGAACUACAGAUCCGACCAGCAAAGGAUUUUGACGAUAUUAUGGCAAGGUUGCCAGGCUAUUUGCAGUUAGAGGAUGCCAGGAUGGCGAGAAAAGCAGAAAACGAUAAACACAAAGUCAAAAGAGCUGAGGAAGCACCAGAGAGACAACGACAUCAGGACAGGGCACCAUUCAGAGGGUUACCUCCAAGGGUACUGCCACCCCAAGGAGAGAUGCCGCCUCAACAACAACGUACUGUGAACGAAGUCACGCGAUUCACCGAAUACACACCUCUGAACAAACCACAAGAGGAAAUCUUCCAUUUGAUAAAAAACCAACCGUUCUUUCGGGCACCAGGGACUUAUCGGGACGGGCCGCCGUAG